CACGUUGCACAAAUGUGUCCACUGCUCUGGGAUGGAUGACGACUUAGCUACGUGACUGAGAUAUAACUGAAACAAAAUACUUUCUGAUGCGUUCCGGUGAUCAAUUAAGGAGACUCGUAACUUUUUCAUUCUUGAGCCAAGACACGCGAGGAGCAGGAAAGGUAAAUAUUCCACCAAAAGACGAAAGACUGGGGGCGUCAUUGUGGAAAAAACAGACCACAUCCAACAUUCAGCACUGACUGAAUGAAAGUCAGUUUAUUGUUACCACAUGGAACCCAUUCCCUUUGGUUGAACAUAUGAAGACCCUUACCGACCAUUGUAACUGGAAAGAAAAAUAAUUGAUGUGUGACCAACGUGUGGUGAUGCCAGGAGGUGACAGUGGACUACAUGGGGAGGAGCCUGCAUUGCCGUCAGCCACAGCGAACGGUGGAGAGGUGGAGCGGGAGUUGUCCGGGAAGCGGAACGGCAGGGAAACAUCCGAGCGCCUUGGAGGUGAAGAAAGUGGAGUUUCGGGUGGAGAGGUGGCACAGGAGGAUGAAGAAAUGGCGAGUGGUUCACACGACCUGUCUUCAUCAACCAAUCACAGCCCUGGGAGCGCUUCAGGAUCCACCUCAGUUUCAGCUAAGAGCAGCGAGCAUGCAGAGGCUGGCAAAGGGCAGGACCACAGAGAGAUGAUGAAUGCAGUGGCUGAGAUGAAAAAGAGGCUCCCAUCAGACAAACGCAGCCGCAGCAAAGCAAGCACUGUGGAGGCCUUGCAUUACGCGCUCAACUGUGUCAAGCAAGUGCAAGCUAAUAGUGAAUACUACAAACUGCUCAUGCAAAAUGGGCAGGACGAGCGAAGAAAUGCCACCGUUUGCACUCUGGAAGAGCUGGAGAGAGUCACCUCAGAACACACCCUUAAAAAUACGGAUUCCUUCGUGGUGGUUUUCUCCCUGGCCAGCGGCCGCGUCCUGUAUGCAUCGGAGCAGGCUCCCAGCAUCCUGUGCUGCAAGAGGAAGUUUCUGGAGUCCGCCAAAUUUGUGGAGUUGCUCUUCCACCAAGAUGUCAAUGUCUUCUAUUCACACACUGCGCAACCCCAUUUGCCACCUUGGAGCAACUCGCACACAGCCGGCGUUCUGUUUGAUUGUGCCCAGGUCAAGUCCUUCUUCUGCCGAAUCAGGGGUGGGAAGGAUCGUGAGGGUGAGAUGCGUUACAACCCAUUUCGGAUAACACCCUACCAGCUGAAGGUGCAGGGAUCUGGGAGCAGUGGGGAGGAGGAGGAGCCGUGCUGCCUGGCACUGGCUGAACGCAUCAUCUCUGGAUAUGAAGCACCUCGGAUCCCCAUGGACAAGCGCAUCUUUACCACAACACACUCCCCUGGUUGUGUGUUUCUGGAAGUUGAUGACAGGGCCGUGCCUUUGCUUGGAUACCUUCCUCAGGAUCUGAUAGGCACGUCGUUGCUGACUUGCAUUCACCCAGAGGACCGCCCACUCAUGCUGUCCAUGCACCGGAAAAUCUUGAAGCAUGCGGGCCAGCCUCCAUUUGAACAUUCUCCCGUGCGUCUGCGCUGUCAGAAUGGAGACUACAUCACCUUGGACACCAGCUGGUCCAGCUUCAUCAACCCAUGGAGCCGUAAGGUGGCCUUCAUCAUUGGGCGCCACAAAGUCAGGACGAGUCCUCUGAAUGAGGAUGUGUUUGCUGCUCGAGCGAAGGAGUUUGUUCCCGUAACUCAUGAGGAAAUAAAAGAUCUUCAGGCAAAGAUCUAUAAGCUUUUCCUACAGCCCGUGCACAACAAUGGCUCCAGUGGUUACGGUAGUUUAGGCAGCAACGGCUCUCACGAGCACUACAUCAGCGUUGCAUCUUCGAGUGACAGCAAUGGCAACGUGUGGGAGGACUCGCACCGGGAACCGAUGACUUUACAGCAGAUCUGUGCUGAUGUAAACAGAGUGAAGAGUUGGGGCCAGCAGGCUUAUCUGGAUUCCAACCACAAAAUUGCUUUCCUUGGAAAACGUGUCACAGCUCCUCUACCCCCUGCAGCCCCCAAUGCUGAGGUCAGAGAGCACGAAGAGAGCAGGAAGCAAACACACAUUCCCUCCUAUCAGCAAAUCAACUGUGUGGAUAACAUCAUCAGAUAUUUAGAGAGCUGUACAGGUCCAGCCCUCAAGCGGAAGAGUGAAUCUCAUUCCUUGGUUACCUCUUCUUCCUCAUCCUCUACCUCAGAAGAUGACAAGCCCGCAGGAGCCACUGACACAGCUCAGGAGAGUUCAGAUGCAGUCGUGGUGGAGACUGAGGUGUCAGUGAGCCCUCCAACUCCAGCUGUAGUCGGGGCACCUCUGACAGACAUCACCAUGUCUACUAAAGCCAUGAGUGUUGUCUCGGUCACCAGCCAGUGUUCAUACAGCAGUACCAUAGUGCACGUGCCACAGCCUGAGUCAGAGGCCACAGCACUGGAGGAUGCCCCGAUGGGCAGUGAGCCUGCUGAUCCUGCCCCAACCCCUGUCCGUCCAGCUCCGAGCCCUGCCGCAGAGGAAAGAAGGUUUGUUGGUCUCACCAAGGAGGUGCUGUCAGCUCACACCCAGAAGGAGGAGCAAGAAUAUGUGGAUCGAUUCCGCCAUCGCAUCCUUCAGAGCCCUUACAGCUCGUAUCUGCAGCUGGACAACAGCUCUUUGGCUCGUUCCCACCACCCAGGAGACUACCUGCGUCCACUGAGUGCCGGAGGUUGGAAUCGUUCUCGAAAAGGGAAGCCAAGACACAAGCGUCCCAAACCCCAGGGUUCCUCAGACAGCUAUGCCUCCCCACCUGAACCCCCUCGCCGUGUCCCUGACUCCUCAUGGCCCUCCUCAGAGUCCUCCCAGCCCCAGGUGGGAGCACCCUACAGCCAAACAUCUCCAGUCCAGGUGCCAUUCUUUCCUGUAAUGGGGAAGCCUGGCCCAGAACAAUCACCCAGGACACAACAGCUGCCUGGAGCAGCUCCUGCGGGGCUUCAGCCUCCUGACCAGCUCAGCUACAACUUCAACAUAAUGCAACCUACUCAGAGCCUGCCAGGCAUGCAGCAGAUCCAAAUGGAGACCAUUCAGAAUGUUCAGAAUACCCAAAACUUUCACAACCUGCAACCCAUAGCUCCAACACAGACCUUCAACCCUUCUUUCAUGGCUCCAGUCAUGGCUGUCAUCCUGCCCAACUACCCCACUUUUACCCCAGGUUACCCAUCCAUUUAUCCACAGUCAGCUCAGUCUAUACUGCCACAGAUACCCAUCACUAUGACAGGGUAUGCCCCUGUCAGUGCACCUUUCCCUCAGCCUCAGUUUCAGGCCCAGCCUGGUCCCCAUACUCAGACAUCCCCAGGCCUUUUACUUUGCUCUCCCAGAGCGAGUUCAUCUGUCGGCGAAGAAGAGGAAGCGGCUGGGCCUAGAGCUUUGUUCUCUAGUUCUCGCUCAAGUUCUCCACUGCAGCUCAAUCUGCUGCAGGAAGAACUGCCCAAACCGAGUGAAGGGCAAAGCAGCACCGGGCACAACCACGCCGAGAGCCUCCAUGAACAACAUGCCAAUGAGCAUGAUGUCCCAGGAGAGUCUGGCAACCAUGAUGCCCAGUCAACAUCCAGCGAGCUCCUUGACUUACUGCUUCAGGAGGACGCCAGGUCAGGGACUGGCUCCAAUGCCUCAGGGUCUGGAUCAGGGGAGUCUGGAGGCUCACUGGGGUCUGGAUCUGGCUCCAAUGGAACCUCUACUUCACACACUGGCAGCAGCAACAGCAGUAAAUACUUUGCCAGCAACGAUUCAUCGGACACGUCACGCAAAGCUCGUAAGAGCCAGGAGACACUGGCAGAGCACAAACACACCUUCGAGAAUCAGUCGGAAAACUCCCUGUGGAGCAUGAUCCAGCACAUGCCCGAGCGUGUCAUGAUGACAUACCAGAUCCACACCAGAUAUUUCCAAGCUGUCCCUCCGAUCGAGUCUGGCCAACAGAGACGUGUCGUACAUCUUUCAGCGGACCAGAACAAGGUUUUGGCAGAGGACAGGGAGAAGCUUCGAGUGCUUCAGCCCCUCCAGCCGUGGUUCAGCCAAGAGCAGAGAGAGGAGCUGGCUGAAGUCCAUCCAUGGAUCAAACAGCACGCCAUCCCACAGGAAAUAGACACACAGGGUUGCAUGAGCUGCAGCUCAGGUGCAGGCAUAUCCCACCCCCCUCACCCGCCUGCACCUGACAGUUCCUCACCUCUGGAGAGCCCUCAGCACGACCCGAUCGGACCCGUGGUUGACACUUGAGAAACUCUGACCAGAAAUCACCCACCAUCAGGUUUACAGUGUGCCAGCCCUGUCAGGAACCUCAACAACUCUCACCGUGCAUCUCUUUUGACCAGUCUGAAGGAGUGGAUCCCUGUGCUUUAGUGUAAAAUCUAAUAUGUUUAAUAAAGGUAACAGAGACUGGACCAGGCCCUAAGGAACAGAGGAGGCAAGACAUGGGCAUUUUCUUUCAGUCUGCUUAAUGUGGCUGUUCUUAUUGGACCAUGAAUAUUACAUUUCUCCUUUUAUGUGUUAAUAGAGCCCCUAAAGAGGGGGGGUUUGGGUUGUAUUUAAGACUGUUCAGAUCUAUGAACCAUAUAUGAAAAGUGCCCUGGGAUGAACAUGAGCACUGUGUAUACACCUGGUCUGUAGAACAGGAGUGACUGGCUGGGAAGAUGAAGACGGCGCUGGCCCAGAGUAUCAGAACAUAUGUCAAACUCUUCUCCAGUAACACUGAGUCCAGGAUGUACAGUAUGUGUACUACAUCAGCUCCUUCGGUGACAUAAUUAACACAUUGUAAUUUUUUUUUUUUUUUUUUUUAAGUUAAUUUUUUUUUCCCCCGAGGGACACUAAGAUGAAAACAAAUUUGCUGCUUUGCUGCUUUUCUGCUUUAGGACACCCAGAUUUGAAUAUGGUGUUGUUACUGGAAUUUACACUCUUGUUCCGUAGGCUUGUUUCCUUCAAAGCGUUCUCAUCCCAGAGUAUAAUAUACAGCCGUUCUGGCAAUGCAGACAUAAACACAAGGUGUUCUUUGUGCAACUUGUACAGAGUAAUAAUAUCUGCUUUAGAAGGCUGUGGGUUGUCCUAUUUGAAAGCUUUGGAAACCAAAAAGUUCUUGGGUAAGUUGAGGUAAAGAUUGUGUUUUGGGGUUCUCAGCAUUAGCCCUACAUUGCCAUUAAGCAAACAGUACAAGCGACCGUAUUUGCUGAGCUGUGAGUGAAAUAUCCUUCUUUUACCUGGUGAACCACAGCACAGACAGUAAAGGGCACCUUGUUGUAUCUGUGAGACACCAGCCGCUUUGACAGAACUCCCAUGUAUGACGUCCUGGGAAUAAGAAUGGGCCGUUUUCCUGUUGUUCAGAGCAUCAGCUUCAACAUUUUGAUCAUUUCAAAUUGAACUUGGUGCUAGAAGACACAUCUAGCCCGUUACCUAAAACUUCCUGUAGCAAGUCCUUUCUCCACCCACCUAUCCUGCCUGGUCAUCGCCCUGUAAUACCUGUAGCUUGCCUCUUAAUUGUAAACACAAACAGUGUGGCCCCAAAUUUCCGCUCAUCUUGUGUUUACUAAGUAAAUGAAUUUCCUUCUACACCCUGCAGCUGUCUGCCUGAUUGGAUGUAUGUUUGUAUGAAAGGGAGACCGGGAAGAACCAACUAGCCUGUUGUAGUUCUGUGAAUGUUUUUCUUCUUCCUGUACUGAAUUUAAAUCACAGGCGAGCUUGUGGUUGUGUAUAAGUGUGCGUGUCGGCCGACUGCGAGCUGCUUCUUUCGAUACACUUGUCCAACAGUGCAAGACAGAUCGUGGUUUUCUACAGUUUUUAGAUUGAAAGUAUAUAACAGUAUCAUGUAUUUUAUAGGAAAUGUACACAAAAUGAACUUCACAAAGUGUAUAAAAAGCCAUUUGUCUUGAAUUCAGGGACUGUUUGUGACACAAAGGAAUGAAUAAAUGAGAUGAAACCUAAAUUACAGUUCGA